UUGUGUUUUUAAAAAUCACAUGCGCCUUAAAACAAAAUCUUUGUGGAUGUUUUUGCUGUUUUCGAAUUUUCGAACAUUUUCGAUACUGAGCGAAAAAUUGUAAACACAAAUUAAAUUUCAAAAAAAAAAACUUAAAAAUAUUAUAAAUUCGCCAAUUUCUACGAGUUGAACUAACGUCACGUGCUUCACAAGCCACAAACAAUGAGCAAGAACUACAAUUUCACACCAUUUAACUAUGGACCGCAGAAAUCUCAACAACAACAGUCCAAAACAUUCAAUUAUUCGUCAGUUCCACCGCCUACAGCAUUAACUGGAUCUCGUCAAUCAGGUAGUAGACCACCAAAAGUAUCAUAUACACCAGUUGAAGCUAUAGCACAGCAUGUAAUGCCUUCAAAAUAUGGAUCCAAGAAAAGAGCUCAUUUAUGCGAAGCGGAAGGAUAUUUCGACGACGAUGAUCAAACAGAGAAUUUAGAGUAUAUUCCAGCUGAGGGAUCACCAUCAGCUAAAAGACAGCAAUCAGAUGAUGAUGACGAGGAAGAUCCGUUAGACGUAUUUAUGGCUAAUCUUGAGAAAACAGAAACAAAAACCAAAAUUCAACAACAAGUUACAGUAACUGAGUCAGAGCCAGUCCAAACACCACAAACUAAAGGAGUUCGCGCUGAUAUUGAUGAUAUGGACGAUGAAGAGAGCUACUAUAAGUAUAUGGAAGAAAAUCCAAUGGCUGGCAUAUUAGAUGAUAAUAGUGGCGAUGAAUUAGAUUAUGACGAGGAUGGAAAUCCAAUACCCCCAACAAAGAAAAGAUAUAUUGAUCCAUUACCUCCAAUUGAUCACUCAGAAAUUAAGUAUGCGUCGUUCGAAAAGAAUUUUUAUGUCAUUCAUGAUGAAAUUGCGGCUUUAACAAAAGUCCAAAAAGAUGAUUUAAGGCAUAAGUUGGGGAUUAAAGUAACUGGAGCUGCAGCACCGUCUCCUGUUUGUUCAUUUGCUCAUUUUAACUUCGACGAGAGUCUCAUGAAAGCUAUAAAGAAGAGCGAAUAUGUUUCACCAACACCAAUUCAAGCUCAAGCAAUUCCAGCAGCAUUAAGCGGAAGAGAUUUAAUUGGCAUUGCUAAAACAGGAAGUGGCAAGACAGUAGCAUUUUUGUGGCCACUUCUUGUUCACAUCCUCGAUCAGCCACAUUUAAAGCCUGGAGAUGGACCAAUUGCAUUGAUUUUAGCACCAACCAGAGAAUUAUCAAUACAAAUCUACAAUGAAGCUAAAAAGUUUGGAAAAAUUUAUAAUAUUCAUGUUGUUUGUUGUUAUGGUGGUGGAAAUAAGUAUGAGCAAUCGAAGGCAUUAGAAGAAGGUGCUGAAAUUGUUGUGGCAACGCCAGGUCGAAUGAUUGACAUGAUAAAAAUGAAAGCUACUAAUUUAAUGCGCUGCACUUAUCUUGUGCUAGACGAGGCUGAUAAAAUGUUCAAUUUAGGUUUUGAGCCUCAAGUCAGAUCAAUAUGCAAUCACGUCAAUCCACUCCGUCAAACAUUGCUUUUCAGUGCAACGUUCAAAAAGCGAAUUGAGAAAUUAGCACGCGACAUACUCACAGAUCCAAUAAGAAUCGUUCAAGGUGAUAUUGGAGAAGCAAAUCAAGACAUUACACAGCAUGCGCUUGUUUUUGAAAAGCCUGAACACAAAUGGAACUGGUUGUUGACCAAACUUGUUGGAUUCUUGUCAGAAGGAUCAGUAUUGAUUUUCGUGACAAAAAAGCUUGAUUCUGAGAAAAUUGCUGCCGAUUUAAAUUUAAAGGAAUUUCCUUGCUUACUUUUACAUGGUGACAUCGAGCAAGCUGAAAGAAAUAAGACAAUAAUGGCAUUCAAGAAAAAGGAUUGUGACAUUUUAGUUGCUACUGAUGUAGCUUCGAGAGGUUUAGACAUCCCACAUAUUAAAAAUGUAAUUAAUUAUGACAUGGCACGUGAUAUUGACUCACAUACUCACAGAAUCGGACGUACAGCACGUGGUGGUGAAAAGGGUACUGCAUAUACAUUAGUAACUGAUAAAGACAAAGAAAUGGUUGGACACUUAGUCAGGAAUUUAGAAGGUGCGAAUCAAUACGUUCCUGAUGAUUUAAUGCAAUUAGCAAUGCAGUCGUCGUGGUUCAGAAAAUCAAGAUUUACUGGUGGUAAAGGAAAAGCUAUUGUUGGCGGUGCUGGAUUAGGAUUUCGAGAACGUCCUGCAUUUGGUGGAUCAGGAUCAUCAUCCUAUAAACAAACCUUUGUUUCAUCAAGUUCUAAUACUCAAAAAAGUGCAAGCAGUGGUUCAGGUCUUCCUACAAAUCGACUUGAAGCUCUAAAAAAUGCAUUUAAAUCGCAAUAUGCUUCACAGUUUAAAACCAGCACUGAUAAAACGUGGGAAACUCCAGGAACUAAUCAAAAAGUCUUUACUAAGCCUCCAGUUCCAGCAAAUUUGCCACAUCAACCACCAAAUGAUUCUUCUGAUGAUCAGAAAAAGAAGAGAAGUCGAUGGAACUAAGACAAUUUUAUGACAAUCUGUGUGAAUUAUGUAAAUGUGAAUCAAAUUUGGUUUGAAAUAAAUUUGAAAAAUUUAACAGUCGAAAUUAUUUCAAA